AUGACAACUUUGGGAGAUUAUUAUUUUCAUGGAGAAAGGAAUCAGUAUCUGUUGCCUCCAAGGGUUCUUUUACCUGAGCCUGAUUGGAGAACCACCAUAUUUUGUGAACCAUUUAGUAGACAGCUACCUAUGACUCAUCUUAUGUUAAACAACUUGCCACCUAUACCUCCAUAUUAUUGUCCAUGGUAUAGCCAAGAUUCACUGUAUAAAAGAAGUUCACCAGUUGAUCCUAGAGAAUCACCAGCACAUGAUUACCCUUCUAAAGUAUUUAAACAUGACAGACCAGACCCCUGUACCUCUAAUCUUCAUUAUGAUACACAACAUUUAGAUAGUUUCAACAAAAAAACUACCACAGCAGCCACACAAACGCAAUUUACCAGUUUUCAUUCAGUAAAUAAAGUUGGUUAUAAUUACUACCCUAACCCUCCACCCCAUCCCCAAUUAAACCCUAAUCCCCCCUUACUUCCCCCUCCCCCUAUUCUGCCUGAGUUAGAGGAACAACAUACACCAUUAAACCUCUCAACCAACUCCAAGGUAAUCAAGUCCAAUCAACAUUCAUCAAGACCAUCAGUUAUCACAUGUGCUACCAGUCAUCAUUCAACUAUUGGUCAAUCACACCACAAUUUAGCUGUUAGAGAACCUAGUCCUAUUGAAGUUGUAGUAACCGAUUCAGCAAUAGAGGAACAUUUUAGACGCUCUCUUGGUACCAGAUAUUCACCUUCUAAUGAGGUUCCUGAAGAACAAAGUGAGGAAGCCUCACCUGGAGUCACUGGUGUUGCUGACACUGAUGUGUCUAUUACAGGAACAGUGGAUGAUCAUUUUGCAAAAUCAUUAGGUGAUACAACAUGGACAGCUAUAAAAGCUAAAAAUGAUUUAGUUGCCUUGGACUUAUUUUCUGGAACUGUGGAUGAUCAUUUUGCUAAAGCUCUAGGAGGAGAUACUUGGUUACGGAUUAAGGCUGAGAAAGAAUCAAACUGUAGUGGAAACUCGUCAUCUUCAAAUUCUCCUCCUCAAGUUUCUUUAGUAACGAAUUGA